CUUCCCCGCCCGUCCAUGUCCCUGCCCGUGGUGCUCCCGGGCUCCUGCUGCCCCGUGGCGGGGCUUUCUGGCGGGCCCCAGGCCGGGGGCCCCGGCGCCGCGGCCACCGCCGCCCAGGAACCGCCGCUGCCCCUGCGGCCGCGCUGGCCGGGCGCGCUGCAGCCCCGGCGCGGCCUCCGCUGCGCGGCCCCGCCCGGGGUGCUGCCGCGCCCGCCCGCCGCUCUCUCCCGCCGAGCAGCCGCCGCCGCCGCCGCCGCGGCCCCGGGCUCCGCGCUGCUGCCUGCCCGCCCGCUGCUGUCGCUCGGGCUGCUGCAGCUGAUCCUGGGCUGCUGCAUGGUGGCGCUCAGCUUCGGGGCGCUGUCGCUGAGCAGCUCCCCGCAGGUGAAGAACUCUUGUCCGUUCUGGGCCGGCUCCUCGGUGAUACUUUCUGGAAUCAUAGGAUUAACAACUUGGAAAAGGCCUAUGAUCCUCCUGGUAAACCUCUUUGUGCUGCUCUCUGUGGUUUGUGUCCUCCUAAAUCUAGCUGGAUUUAUCCUAGGCUGCCAAGGGGCCCAGUUCGUGUCCAGCGUGCCCAGGUGUGAUCUGGUGGAUUUAGGUGAAGGCAAGAUCUGUUUCUGUUGUGAAGAAUUCCAGCCAGCCAAAUGUACAGACAAAGAAAAUGCCUUGAAACUCUUCCCAGUUCAGCCGUGUAGUGCUGUGCACCUGCUGCUUAAGAAAGUCCUCUUCGCUCUCUGUGCCUUGAACGCCCUGACCACCACCGUCUGCUUGGUGGCUGCCGCCCUGCGCUACCUGCAGAUAUUCGCAACCAGAAGAUCCUGUGUCGAUGAAUCCCAGAUUUCUGUUGAAGAAGUAGAAGAACAUGGCCGUAUCCCAGACCCGGAUGACUUCGUGCCUCCCGUGCCUCCCCCGUCCUACUUUGCCACGUUUUACUCGUGCACGCCCCGGAUGAACCGCAGGAUGGUCGGUCCUGAUGUCAUCCCACUGCCGCAUAUCUACGGAGCGCGCAUCAAAGGCGUGGAAGUGUUCUGUCCCCUGGACCCCCCGCCUCCGUACGAAGCCGUGGUGAGCCAGAUGCACCAGGAGCAGGGAUCUCCGUUCCAAAUGCCAGAAGGGUCAGAAGCUGCUACCAGCCCAUUGGAACCAGUUUGCACACAAGUGGUUCAAGGUGGGGACAUUCCUAACACACCUGGAGAAGAAAGCACAUCCAUUUCAACGCCCAGCUCAAGCCUGGCGCAGCCGGUGAGAAGCCGGAGAGCCCUCCCGGCCCUGAGGACAAGAUCAAAGAGCGACCCUGUGCUCCAUCAUUCCGAGGACAGAGCCGCCCCGGUGCUCAGCUGUGAAGCCGCGACCCAGACCGAAAGGAGACUGGAUCUGGCUGCGGUGACUUUGAGGAGAGGCUUGAGAUCCAGAGCUUCACGAUGCAGACCACGGUCGCUAAUAGAUUACAGAUCUUACAUAGACACCAAGCUGCUGGUGGCGAGGUUCCUGGAGCAAUCUUCCUGCAGCAUGACCCCAGACAUCCAUGAACUUGUAGAAAACAUUAAAUCUGUUUUGAAGUCUGAUGAGGAGCACAUGGAGGAAGCCAUCACCAGUGCCAGUUUCCUGGAACAGAUCAUGGCCCCGUUGCAGCCCGGCGCUUCCCGGGCCCUCGCGCCGCCCUCGCGGAGACGGCCCGGCCUGCUGCACCUGCGGAGCUGCGGCGACCUCAGCACCUUCGCCCCGGCCGGGAGGCCGCAGGCCCGGAGGAGGCCCCGGCGGCAAGCGGAGGCUGAGCGGCCACACAGCCUCAUUGGGGUCGUGCGAGAGACUGUCCUGUGACACCCGGAAGGAAGGCGGACGGACGGAAGGCCACUCCUGGGGGAGGACCCCCCUCCUCUCUGUGCUGCUUCCUGGCUGGGAGCUUGGGGCGCUCCUCUGGGAACUCCCCAGAAAGAGGGGAGUUCUGGGGGGCAUUUGUUUCCACUCCUUGACUCCUCUCUUUGCUGACCAAGAGCAUUCGAGGGCGAACGCGUAGCGUCUUCCGGGCCCACUGGGUUUUGAUGCACCGAGUCUGAGGUUGUGGAGGCCGUGGCCGGGCCUGGCAGCGUUCCCGACCGUCACCGGCCCGGUGUGGGCAGAAACCCGGAGAAUGGUUCUUUGCCCACCUCACCCCUAGCCUCUGUUUGAUGCUGAUUCUUUCCCUCCUGGAAGGACAGACUGCUGGGCUGCUAUUUAUAGCUGCCCACAGCCUUUUCCCUGCUCAGCGGAUUGGCAGGAAAUGGGGUGAUUGACCCCGAUGUGUCCACACUCCUCAAGCCUCUUUCCAGAUCUCCCUCGAAGCAAACUCUCUUUAGGAAAAUCAGGAAAUUUUUAAGUGACAAAUUUUAAUGAAAGACAUUUAGGGAGAGAAUUGUUGAUUCCAGUUAUUCAUGCUUGCAAAACUAGAGACGCCUAAGGCAGAACUGAGAAUAAAAAUGUUUACUUUGGA